AUGUCUACUGUUGUGGAGCCACAUAACUUGCGUGCAGUGGAGGAUGACACUCCUCUCUCUGUUGGUGGUUUCAUGACAACUUCUGCAGAGACCAUCUUGAACAGUGCCCAUAAUGUGCGACCAGGUGGUAUUAUGUGUGUUGGGUGUCCUCCACCAACAAUGACUCGUCAUUUGACUGUUUAUUCUGUUUCUCCUGUUGAUAUUGUUGCUGCUGCUGUUGCUUCUUCUUCCGGUACUUCUAGUACUGCUGGCAUGCAGUUUGUGAGGGAGACGGAUCUCACUGAGGAGGAGAAACUGUACGGUAAGUGUGUCUCUCUUGUGAUAUGCUGCGGGAGUUGUUUGAAGUGGGCCGUGUGGAUAGUGCCACAAACUCGCUGGAGACCAUCUUUCUUGAUGGCACACGGCAGAAGUUGA